AGAUAUUAUUGUGUGAAGCUGUUGAAACAUAUGCAUCCCAAACACCGAGAAACAGCAGCCAGCCCAGCACGCAAUAUUGUCCUUACUCAUUUUCACAUUUCAAUCUUCAACGUCCGAUCUACUUUCAUCUGACGGAAUAUAUUUCUCCACGCUUCUCUCCCACUAUCCUUUGAUCCACCCUUUUCGUCAUGGCUCAUAUUCUUCCACGAUUACCAUCUCUCCACCGUCCGAUUGAAUUGAAAUCUAAGGGUCGUUAAUUUCUCUGCACUUUUCCCCUGCAAAUUUCUCUCUCUCUAACAUUAAUAUCCCGCUCUUUUUCUCUUUCUAAAACGAAGUUUUUUUUUUUUUCAUAUUUGUUUGUCGUUUGUCUGUGUGAAAAAAAAAUUGAGAAGAUAAUGCAGGAGCAAGCAUCUAGUUCGAUUGCAGCUAAUUCUCUGCCUUCUAGCAGUGAAAGAUCUUCUAGUUCUGCUCUUCAACUUGAAGUCAAAGAAGGUAUGGAGAGUGACGAGGAAAUCAGGAGAGUGCCGGAGUUCGGCGGUGAACAGGCCGGAACCUCUGCCUCCGGUCGUGACGCCAGUUCAGUUGCGGGUCGAGAUCGAGUUCAGGCUCCAGGGGAGGGUCAGACUCCAAGAAAGAGAGGGAGGAGCCCAGCUGAUAAAGAGAACAAGCGGCUAAAAAGGUUGCUGAGGAAUAGAGUUUCAGCUCAGCAAGCAAGGGAAAGGAAGAAAGCAUACUUGAAUGAGUUGGAAACAAGAGUCAAAGACUUGGAAAAGAAGAACUCUGAGCUUGAAGAGAGGCUUUCCACAUUACAGAAUGAGAAUCAAAUGCUUAGACAUAUAUUGAAGAAUACUACAGCAAGCAGGAGAGGAGGCAGCAGUAAUACUAAUGGAGAUGGUUCUUUGUAGGUGAGAAAAUCAGAGGAGGGUAUCUGAGAUAGUAACGGUGAAUGUGCAAAAUUUUUCCUGGGGCAUCAGAUGAAUUUAUCCUGAAGUACCUGGUUCAGUCCUUGUUCUGAUGCUGACUCUCCAUGGAAGUUUCUUCAAUUUUAAAAUUCGCCAUGGCAUUUUGGGCAUGUGCUCAAUGUAUCCGUGGUGGGGCCACGAGGGGUGGGGACUGGGAGUAGAUUGCUAAGAUGCUAUGUGUUUUGCAUUUUGUUGAGAUGUCUUUUCUAUUUAUACAUGAAGGAAAAGGGUGGGGGCGAUAGUGAGGAUCACCCAGAAUUAGCUGUCUUUUAAUAAACAAAAGCUACAGUGGUUGCCCAAAAUGAGAAAUAUUGUGUCGGCAUUUUUGUCUUCUGUAGUUCUCUUAGAUCUUGAAAUGUUUUUUAUUUGUAUCAACAGAGUGUUAUUAUUCCUUCCCAUCUAACAAAAACUUACUAGUGAGUACUUCUUUUC